UUGCCAGAUAGUGCAGACAAAGUGAAGUCGGGCUUGUCCAAGCUUUCAGACAACCUCAGCUUUUGGAGCAGGCUGCACUUCCAUUUGCACUGCUACCUUGAAACCAACCCCCCAGCACUUUGAAUCAUGAUCGAACACCAUUCACCAAAGCUGUUGGGAUUCAUGUCUGAUCGAGUCGGACUGCAUCAAACAUGUUCGAAGAAAGGCCAAAGAAGAAGACGGGGCAGAGAAUCUACUGCGAGGUAGUGGGAGAGGGACGCGUCUCACGUGGAUCUUACUUGUUCCACACCUUUGUACAGUUGCUCCCACCAUGAGGCUUCAAUCAUGGAUCACCCAGAUCCCCAGAGGUGGAGUGCAUCAUUCGCCCUUUCAAUGACUUCAUCAUUCUGUUUACGCACAAAAGAAAGCUCAUCGCCGCUCGUUUCAGUCGACUCGUUGGAAACUGAGGCCGCAAGGUGGUUGAGAAUUAUGAUGGCCUUAAAUUUCAAAGAAUUCCAAAGUGCUGUUCUUGAUGGAGGUUGCUAUAAAUAUUUCCUGAAUAAACUAAAGAUCACAGGGCGGUUUGAUUUCUGCGCUCGGUUAGGAGUGCUGAAAAGGUGUUUCAAUAACAAAACAGAGGCCACUAGCUUCUACUUUUGCUGAUUAAAAAACACAAUGGUCGUUAUGCGGUUGUUGUGGGUGGCAGAUGCUGGAUCGUUUCAAAGUUAAAACAAAGGGUUCUACUUUUUAGAUGAUUUAAGAAAAUUAGGAUGCUGAUUGACAAAGUUGACUGUUGAUGCUAGAAUGCUCAAAGAUUCUCUGGCAAUACCUAAUACAUGAUUUACAGGUAUAUAUAGAAGGUGUAUGUUGGGGGCUCAAGAGGAUCUCUUCCAUGGAAGCAUUCCUGAUACCUCACAUCACACCUACCUGAACCAUUAUUUCUCUCUCUGAAGUCUUCUUGGUCUUUCAGUAUCAACUUCUUCUCUGUUCCAUCUACUUAAAUUUUCUUCAUGUGAUAGAGAAAGGCACAGGAUUAGUGAGAGGGAGCUGAGUUGGUCAUCUGCAGAUCCAUGCGCCAUUGCUAGACCUCCAACCACAUCCUUCAGAUCCUUGCAACUGGUACUUUCAGCUACAAGCUUUGACUAGUUUACAAUUAUUUGGUUUGAUCACCUCUAUAUUCAGUAAAGCAUUCUAAAAACACAUAAACAAUGCUGCAUUGUGGCUGAGAGGUUGAGAUGUGUACUAUUCGCCACGCAGUGCACACCAUAGUUAAAAAACAAAAAAAAGGUGCAAUCUUCCAUUAGCAUCUAGAUUAGCUCAAGUGUAAAGAAGCUUUUCUCCUAAUUGUUCCUCUUUUUCCAUGUGCAGAAGUUUUGUAGCUUCAUGGGAUGAUUGGAUUCUCCAAUUCUUUGGUGGCUAAACUUAUAUGAUUUUAGGAAAUAUCAAGGUUCUUGUAGGCUCUUCUUUACACAACAAAAAACAAGUUUUCUUUUAAAUGUCACUCCCUACAUCAGAGAGCUAAAGUAGCACUUUAACUAGUAGCACACUAGGACAUGGUUGUAUGAAUAAUUUUAGUUUGUUUAGAUGGAUUUACAUUUACAAGAAAAGGCGCAUGCAUAUAAAAAGAUCGGCAAAUUAUCAAUUGUGUGUUCAACUUCUUGUCUAUUCUUCAAUCAAGUGUUGCUUCAAGUCUCACCUGAGUUAUAUAGAACUUGUUUUGUUCAUGUUGCCACCACAGUUUGCUAUUUCCUACAAGCUAGAGUUUCAUAGAGGAAGAUCUCAUGUCAGUAGUACAAGGGAAGCACUCAGGCAAGGAUGAAGUACAUGAAACUUGGAUCGAAACCAGACACCUUCUACACCGAGGAGGCCGUAAGGUCUGUGAUGUCGGAUGUACCAGCUGACCUCAUAAUUCUUGUAAAUAACACAAAGUAUCUCUUGCAUAAGUUUCCACUCCUUCUGAAAUGUGGCCUCCUGCAACGACUCUGGUCCGACACCGGCAACAACGAAACCGGCCAGCCAAUUCCGAUCGCCCUUCACGACAUACCGGGAGGAGAAGAAGCUUUCGAACUGUGUGCCAAGUUCUGCUAUGGGAUCUCCAUCAACCUCAGCGCUCACAACUUUGUGCCAGCAAUUUCAGCAGCCAAGUUUCUCCGGAUGACCGAGUCGGUGGCCAAAGGAAACUUCACCGCAAAGCUCGAGUCGUUCUUCGAAUCAUGCAUCCUCCAGGGCUGGAAAGACUCCAUUGUCACACUGCAAACGGUGUGGAGGCAGUCCGGGUGGUCAGAUGAGCAUAGGAUUGUGCAGCCAUGUCUGAAUUCAGUUAUUGAAAAAAUCCUAGUGCACCAUUCACAGGUCGCAUGGUCCUACACCUACACGAGGCCAGGCUACCCAAAGAAGCAGCAAAGAACAUCAGCUCCCAAGGAUUGGUGGACGGAGGAUGUUUCUGAGCUCCAUCUCGAUCUAUUCCGGUCGAUUAUAUCCACCGUAAGGUCUACCAAGAAGCUCCCUGCAGGGCUCAUCGGAGAAGCACUCCAUGUCUACGCAUGCAAACACUUGCCCAGCCCGCAGGAGAUCCGAGAGCAUGUUCAGAGCUCCUCAGCGCGAACGGAUCACACUCUGAGUCAACACCGUCGAGCACUCGAAUCCAUCGUCAGCAUGAUCCCGACCGAGCCAGGAUCGGUCUCCGGCAGUUUCCUGUUCAGGCUCCUGAAAGUUGCCAACUACGUUGGGGUCUCUCCUUCUGUCAAGGCUGAGCUCGUGAGACGAUCAGGCCGGCAAAUGGAUGAAGCCACUGCAGACGAUCUGAUCGUUCCAUCACCGACAGAUCCCCAGUCGCAUGAUAUCGGCACGGUGGAGGCCGUUUUGGAGAAUUUCUUAGUUCAGUUUCGCCGACAAGAAGAGAACGAGAGGAUGAUGGUGUCCAUGGCCAAGGUGGGCAAGACUUUCGACUCCUACCUCCAAACCAUUGCAAGGGACGUCACUCUACCGGUUUCAAAGUUCAUCCAACUAGCAGAAUCCUUACCUGAAAUCGCACGACAGGAGCACGAUCAGCUCUAUCAAGCUAUCAAUUCAUACCUUGAGGAGCACCCUGAGAUGAGCAAGGCCGAUAGGAAGAAGUUGUGCAGGCUGAUUGACUGCCGUAAAUUGUCGCCUGAAACGCGCGCAAAUGCUAUUGCAAAUGAGUACAUGCCAUUGCGCGCGAUAGUGAAGCUCCUGUUUUUUGAGCAAGAAAGAAUUUCUGGAGCCAGCAGCAGUAAAGCAGCUUAUGCUAUCCCUUCCGGGAAUGAGAUUUUAAGUGCCGAGGUAGCUCAGGGCGAUCGAAAGAAGACUAGAGAUGAACCGGAAGGCCGACAUCGCCCGAAGGAGACUCCAUCGCCAUCUGAAGCUAAGAAAGUAAAGGAUAGGAAUGAAAAGACUAGUGGAAUUGGAGGCAAGCACAAAACCAUGUAGGCAUUUAAAAGUUGUUAAGAUUCUUUAGUGAAAUUAAGAAUUAUCAAUUUAGUUCCUUCUGCACUUUGAACUGUCAUUUAAGAGAUUGUUGACAAGGUAAAUUGUGUAACUAUUUUGUUGAAUAAUAGUUUACUUAA